AUGUCUGCAUCCUUAGCGCAGUCGGGUAGGGGAUGGACUGCCAAGCAAUGUGUGUGGUCAUUUUGGUGGGUUCGAGUCCCACCGCAAGCUGUUUUCGUUCCUAUAUCCUCUAAUGUAAUUUUCGAUCGAAAAUCUUCAUUCGAAAAUGUCCCAAAAAAGCGUCAACAUUUCUGUUGAAAAGAGAGAGGGCGCAGAGAAAGAUUGAAGGCAGAGAAAAACGGAAAAGAGAUUGGGAAUAGGUAUUUUUUUGCUAAUUUGUGCUGUAAUUAACAUCAAAUUGUACAGAAUUUUGUGAUUAUUUUGAUAAGACUGUUGCCAAUUCAAAGGAGACCGUUACGCCUGGGAGCUAACAGCUCCUAGUCGAGAAUACAAAAUUCUCGAAUCAGAAUUCGGUAAUCAAACACAUUUUCAAAUUCAAAUUGGAUCACUUAUUAGUGAAUUUGAGGUGGUCUAUACUAAUUGUGAUUCACAACAAACAAAUUGCGGAUGGCAAAUCAAAUCGGAGAAACAUCAAAAAUGUUUAUCUCGAAGGAGAGCGUAUUAUUCGAGUUUAUUGAUUGAUUACGAGCAGAUAUUUGCUAGAAAAUCACGAGAUUUACUCGAAAAAUAUGUGAAUAACCUUGAGAUUGGUGAAUUUCCAAAAGCGAAAUAUUUCCGGAUAACUGGAGAGGAUGUCUAUGAUAUCAUCAAUUUGAAACAUAUUAAUCCUGUUCUAAAACUCAUUGGCAAACUCCCAACGAUCUCAAAACAUCGAUUUUCAAUCGAUAAAUCUUCCGAGGAGAAUCUUCAAUUUGAUGUUUUCAUCGAUGAAACUAGUAAAAGCAAAAUGAUAACAAUUGAUAUAAUUUAUAAUACUACAACUGGAUAUUAUGAAGUUACAUUGGAGCAACAGAGAAAAUAUUCGAGUGAUGAUUCGAAACUUCAGUGGUUCACUUCGGCAUUUAUUGAUUAUCGAGAAAUAUAUCGAAAAAUUGUUGAGGAAUUGAUGAGAAGGUUUGAAAAUGCUAUUGAAACCAAGGAAAUGAGAGAGGAUGAUAUAUUUUCGAUCAAAAAUGUGAAUAUUUCAGAACUUGGAUAUUAUACGGCUUUUAUUCCAAUUAGGGUUUUCGAUAAUUAUUAUGAAGAAAACAACAAAUUUUCAAUUGAUGAUAAAAAAUUGGUUGAAUUUAGCUUUGAACUCAAAAACAACAAGUUUUACCUAAUUUCGGACAAAGAGAAUUCAAUCAAAUAUUUUGAAUACAUUUAUGCAGAAAAAGCCGAAGUUCUGAUGGAUGACUAUAGGAAUGUAUUAUUGGCAGAGAAACUGGAGUUGAAGAAGAUAUUCAGCGAAAACUUCAAAUUAUACAUUUGUGGAAGGGGAAGUUUGAAUUUGACACAAUUUGAGAAACAACUCGAAAAAAUGGGAAAUGUUGUUGAUUUUGGUGAUUCGUAUGAUUUGAUUGAAUUCGUUUCCAGUGAAUCCAAUUAAUGGUGAUAUUGAUUUGUUGAGAAAUAGAAAAUCAAGAUUUUUGGCGAAAUUCAACUUUGAUUUGAGAAAAUAUGAAUUAACAUUGGAGUAUCGUUGUCAAGAUGAAGACUUUUCGAAAUCGAAAGACUGGGAAAAAUGUGGGAAUUUACAACGAGGAAGAAACUUUUGA